GCGGUGUACGCGACGUGUCGGUCCGUGAGUCCUGUCGUUCUGUCAGUGAUCUCGUCGGAGGAGUAAUAGUAUCACAGUGUUUGGAGUAAUCGUCUCUCUGACUUUGUUUCUUUCUUUUUCUUUUGCGGGAAGAUUGUCGUUGCCUGGUAUGGAUUUUCUCGCGUCUCUUCGCGCGAUAACAAAAUCGAAAACGUCGAAAUAAUCGGAUACUCGCUACUUGCCGUGCGAUCCGCUCGCCGCCUUCGCACCACCCAACCCCGUUUUCAUCGUCGCUGCUCCUGCCGCCAUCCCUCUUCACUCUCUCGCGCUUCUCGAUCGGCACAGAUGUCCGAAAACUCACGUCUUGACAGAUAUUCCGCGAAAAGAGUAAGAGGAGGAAGAGAAAAAGGAGGACGAUCGUUCUUGCGGAGAAAGUUGACGAGAUAAAUUCUCGAUCGCAAUCCAUUCUGAUUUGCGCCCGGUACAUCCUCCGACCGCUCUAAAUUUUGGCGCGAGUGCAUUAGUUUGUGAGUGAACAACACUCCGAUCGCGCUCGAUAGAUCGAACGGAAUGUCUCGACUAUAUUUGCGCUAGGAUAACAAACGUCGGUGCAUUCGCGAACGCGAGACAUUGGAUUUCUUUCUGCUAUCGUCGUCGCGCAGUGCGUUUCAAAACAAUCGAAGCAAUUUGAUUCUGAAGGAACUUCCUCUCUCGUUUUGCUGCGUGUACGUAAAAAACGAACGCUUGUGAUGCGCGAUCGAUCUUUCUAUCGCGUCGGUGACUGUUGGUUGAUAAAAACUCCCCAUGAAGGACUCAAACAAGUUUUAUAUAUUUUUUCGUGCUCUUGGUCGUUUCAGGAUUAACUUGUGAUUUAAAAAGUGUGCGUUUUUUGAACAGUAUGAUCUUGAAAGAAGCUGCGACUAUUAAAGAGCUCUUUUGGAAAACCAAGAAUUGAAGUCGAAGGAGGAUUAUCAAACUUUUGCCGAAGUUUUCAUCGAAGAACGGAUGAAUGAGCGAUUAAAGAUUCGCUCGGUAUUGUGAAGAUCGCAUUUGGAUGUAAGUUCACGUUCGUUGGACUAUUCGCGCAGCCGAUAAUUUCAAGUGGAAGUUUCCGCAUAGAACGGACUUGUUUGCUGCGGAAGCGGAACUAUAUUUACGAAUAUUUGCGUUCACGUGAAUAUAAGUAGAGAAUGAGACCCGAUGAGGCUAUAGCGACAACGACGAUUUCGAUGUGUGUGCAAGAAAUAUGUUCCUGUCAAACGCGAGACGUGCGUCAAUGAUCACGAAAGAAAGAAACGCAAAAACGUGGAAAGAAUCGCGAGAUUGACGCCAAGUUGGUGCAUAUCUGGGAUUCCACUUGUCGACAUCGACGCGCGCGUGUUUCGUCUAGAAGAAAAAAAAAAGUGUCGCCGAUCGUGUCAUCUAUGUACGAUAUGUGAGAAGACGUGACACAGGAGACGCCGUGACGAACGUUAUUUGUCUUCUUUGUCGUCUCUGUAGCGUUCGCUCGGUCAAUUUUUAUUACGCUAUUUAAUCCGCCUGGGAUUGCUUGUGAAUGUGAGCGCGUGUGAGUGAGUUGCAAAGAACGGACACACAUAAAGCCAUGAAGGUCUCCAAGGCGAUAGCGGAAAAGCUCCACGAGAUGAGGUUCUUCGUGCUCGUCGUUGCCUGUUUCAUAUCAACAGUAAAAGGCGACGGAGGACAAUAUUUCCGGAUUAGGCCGAGCAACAGCUCCGUGCUGGAGGGCGGCGAGGUGAUAAUUCCUUGCGAGGUGGGAAAUCGAGCCGGAUCCGUCCAAUGGGUGAAAGACGGAUUUGCUUACGUCAUACAGUCGAACGGUGAAAUCGUGGGACAUCCCAGACUGAGGUUGAUUGGCGAUUCCAACGCCGGCAUUUUCAACCUGAGAAUCACGGACGCGUCUCUCACCGACGACGGCGAGUACGAGUGCCAGGUCGGACGCUAUUUGCGAAUCAAGCCAAUUCGCGCCAGCUCUCACCUGAUCGUCACUUCGCCUCCGCGAAAAGUAGAAAUCAGCAGCCACCCGAACAACAAAGUGAUCGUGGUGAAAGUGGGCGAAUCUCGGCGCUUAGAAUGCAUCGUUAGGUCGGCCAAACCGGCCGCUUCGAUCAUUUGGUACCGCGGAAACGUGCAGAUCAAAGGUGGCGACACCAGUAUCACCGCAAUCUCCAUCCAGGGUGACAAGGAGACGAUCAAGCCCGGAGAAACGUCGAGGGAAUUGCUCAAGUACGACACUCACGGUUCCAUUACCAUCACGCCUACGGCGGACGAUAAUGGGAUGGAUUACACCUGCGAGGCCAGCCACCCGGCGAUACCCAUAGACAGACCCAUGCGGGCCACCGUUCACCUUUCCGUUUACUAUCCACCCGGUUCACCUUACAUAGAGGGUUACACCGAGGGCGAGACCGUGCAGCGCGAUCAGUACUUGGAGCUCUCCUGUCGAUCGCGGGGCGGAAAUCCACCGGCGGAAAUUAUCUGGUACAAGAACGACAAGAAGAUACAGACGACUACUCGGAUUCAAAACAGCUUUAGCGAGAGCGUGCUCUCGUUCAAAGUGCGCGCGGAAGACGAAAAGGCCCGCUACAGAUGCGAGGUCUUCAACAUCAUGAGCGUGCAGCCCAUGAAGGCGCAUGUCGAUCUCACCGUGCUCUUUGCACCAUCCGGAGUCACCAUCACCGGACCGACAGAGGCGAAGGCGGAUGAACAGGUGCUCAUUACCUGCACAACUGAGAACUCGAAUCCGCCCGCGGACAUCAAGUGGACAGUGGACGGUCAUAAUGUUGACAGCGACUCCUCGAAGACGGAAUUAGCGCCAAACGGCGGCUGGAUCACCAGCUCGAACGUGACGUUCAACAUUAAUCGCAACAGUCGCAGCAUCGUUGUCAUAUGCCACGCUUCGAACGCGAAGCUCACGGAGAACGUGGUCGGCACGCACACCAUCACCGUAAUAUUCCCACCUUCGAGAUUAAUUGUUACUGGUUACGAAGAAGGCUCGACGAUAGUCGCCGGUACGGUGCUGAGGCUCUCGUGUAUCGCCACGACGGGUAAUCCACCGCCCACGUUAACAUGGUACAAGAACGAUCGCAAGAUACCCGGUACGACCAGACAGCGCGAUCAGAGCGUCUCCAGCGAUCUGACGAUACUUGUCAACGCGUCCGAUAACAACGCUCAUGUGCGAUGCGAGGCUAUGAACUCCGCCACCGAGAUUCCUCUGCUCAAAAUUCUCGUGCUAAAAGUCUACUUCCCGCCCGAAAGGGUGUAUAUUACUCGCGAUCCGCAUGACUUUCACGCCGGCCAGGAAGGACGUAUAAUGUGCGAGUCGAGCAGCAGCAAUCCAGCCGCCGAGAUGUCGUGGUGGAAGAACGGGAUACCGGUGCCGGACACUCGGAACGGCACUAAGGCCGGAUUACACGGCGGCUACCUCUCGUUCGUCGAGCUCACGCUGGAUUUAACCGAGGAGAUGAAUGGCGAGGUGUACACCUGCGAGGCCAAGAAUACGGAAUUGGGAAGAGCGAUUCAUGACGCCACGACACUGGACGUGCUGUACAAGCCAAUAUUCUCGCCGUUAGAUCCGAACGAAUUAAUCGGUCUGGAAGGAGAGCCUUUUGUGAUUUCCGUAUCGGCAAGGGGCAAUCCAAAUGCGACAGAGUACACGUGGACGAGGGAUGGUCUACCGCUAGGUACCAGCGGUAAGAAAAUAACCGCACACGGUCCUACGCUAAAUAUCACAAGAUUAGAUCGCCACGACGCUGGCACGUACAUAUGCGAAGCGCUGAACAAAGAAGGAACCACUUUUUACCAGUUAAAUUUAACCGUGCAGUAUCCUGCUAAAAUCAAACGCACUUCCUCGUCGGGGAUAGUUUAUCCGCCGGGAGUCGAGGCGAUGUUGUUCUGCGAGGUUGACGGUAGUCCAAUCAGCGACGAGUACGUCACGUGGCAGAAAGUAGGAUCGAACCCCGAACUACCGGGACGUUACUCGACGUCCUUUGUUAAUCGGACUUCGUAUCUUCAUAUAGAGCAUCCCAGUCAGGAAGACGUCGGCGAAUAUCGAUGCAAAGUCAAUAACGGCAUCGGCAACGCAACGUCGGAUCCUAUUCUGUUUAUCACGAACUUUAAACCAGAAAUGACGAACACCCCGCUGACGCGAAAGGCAGCGGCGAACAAAGGAAUAAACGUCCAAUUGUUCUGCAAAGCUCGGGGAUCUCCGUUGCCGCGUUUUACCUGGAUCUUCAAUGGAAAAACUUUAUUGCCGAACGCAACCGAGAAUAAAUACAGUAUCACUCACAGCGAUCUGUCCGAGCUUUCCUCGGAAACGACACUGACCAUCUAUCACGUGAGAGCGCAGGACUAUGGAAAGUACGAGUGCCGUGCCCAGAAUAAAAUGGGACAGUCUUCGGAUGAUAUAUAUUUGAACGUCACGUCGCCACCGGACAAACCCGGCGACCUCGAGAUCUACAAUGUCACGCACGAUUCGGUUACGCUGAUUUGGAAACGCGGUUUCGACGGCGGGCUGCCAACGUCCCAUCAAAUACGAUGGCGACAGGCGCUGGAUUACGAGGAUCGCUAUCACUACGUGGACGUCUCGCCGGGCGAAUAUAAAGCCACUAUAUCCGGCCUGUCGCUCGGAACUUAUUACGUGUUCAGCGUGAAGGCUAUCAACGAGAAGGGCGAAAGCGGCUUCUUGCCGGACCUCGUCAAGGUCCAGACGCUCCGCCCGGUUAAAGAGGAAAACCUGCCGGACGUCCUCUCGGAGAAGAGCGACUUUCCGAUGAAUUAUAUCUAUACGUUAGCGGCGACGUCCGUCAUCAUUUUUAUCGUUAAUGUCUUCAUCAUGUUGUGGUACAUUAUACGAAAGCGAAAUAAAUCUCGUAUUAAUAAAUCACAGACUGCCGACAUGUAUGCACCGUCCACCGUCAACGGCGACACUAUGACCGGCGAAUUAAGUUCGAUGUCGGACGAGAAGAGCGACGUCAAUUUCGACGCUAACGAUUACGUGGACGAAGGGCGUAAAACCGCAGCUAGUACGUAUUUAAUAGACCAAACUAUGCAGGAUUUCGGGAAAGGCGGUUUAGAGAUGCAGGUCCAUCAGGGCACUCUUGGUCGUCGUAGUAAUCACAUGCAAACGUCCAUGAACAUGGACUCGCCGCCGCAGCGAACCACCGCCAGCGGAACUCUAUCGGUGUCGAAGUCGAGUUACAUCGGCAACCCGAGCCCGGCACCGCCUAACGACGUGAGCUUCUACAGCGUAGAGAUGGACAACGGCGGACGUGGUUAUAUGAGCUACGACGGCAAUCCGAGUCCAGCACCACCGUCGAUUGGCGAUCCGGCGGGCGGGCCUUAUUAUCCCACGUCUAUGAGUUCGACAGGUCACAUAAUGGGCAGCGGUCAUCUGAUCGCCGGCACGGGCACUCUGACACGCACCAGAACGCUUCCGCGUCCGGUGCCGCCGCCCGACGUCACCGUGAUGACCGCAGGUACGAAAUCGCCGAUACCGCCGUCGGUGCCGCCGCCGCCCGCCACGUUCGCCCGAACGGCCGCCGUCGUCAACAACGGCGGACCCCAUUCGCACUCGCAUCCGGUCCCGCCGCCGCCGCCCUGCCAGAAUCAUCCGUUGUCAACGUUCGCGGCGACGCCCACUUACUCCGACAUUGACGGCCAUCUUGUCUGAGGCUCGCCGAUCUUCGGACCCAGCUCGGUGCGCGGCAAAUACCGCGCCGUCGCCCAGGACGACGACGACGACGACGACGACGACGACGAAGAAGACGGCCGACCGGUCGCAAUCACGGAAAGGAGCACGCGUCUCUGAACGACGCGAGGUGUUGCGAUGACGGAUGGAUUCUCCUUACGUGUCAUCUACGGAGCAUUACCGAUCAUCUCCGUGAGGAACGUCGAAGUAACGACGAGCAAGUGGCGACGGUUUGGAAAUGACCGCAUCGUGGCUGAAGGUCCUGGCACUCGUCAUCAUGCGCCUGAUCAUAAUCUCCGGGAACUCUGGUUUAGUGCGCGAGAACGAAAGUACGACGAAAUGUGUGUGUAAAUAAUAAACAGAAAUAGAAAAAAAAAAAAAGGACGAAAGCGAAGAUAACAUUGACACGACGAAGAAGAGAGUGUGGUGCAUCCAGGUUCACGCUGUAAACACGCCUUUCCCUUCCACGCGGCUACUUCCUAGAUGUGAGGAGACACGCGCGGGGCUCUCCUACGCGAUAUUGAAUUCUAAUCUCUUUAGGAUAUAAUCGACCGCUUCGUUCGACGAAGAGCGAGCGACGGCUACUCCCCCCCCCCCCCAGGUAAAAAUAAGCGAGAAGGAGAGAACGUUCGCGCCACGACGUCGCGCGAACGUUCUCCAAAGUGUGUGCUCGAGGAUGAUUUUACCAUCCGUUUCUUAUAUAUCCGUUAUCCGCCUUCCCUUUCAUCCUUCUUCCAUUUUUCCUAACUCGAUCUCUUCAUCUUUGUCCGCUCCGCCUUAGCGUUAUUUAGCAUAGCUAUAUCAUAAUCGAACGAUCGAAGCUCCAAUUGUCGACAUAAUCGAUCGUCGAGGAAAGUAUAUAUUUUCUGUAAAUACACGCAUAAUAUGUCCGAGAGAUAGACACGAAGAGAGCACUUGCGGCAAUAAUUUUUUCAUUCCUCCUCAGUUGCUUUGCUCAGAAGACACUUGUCGAUUUACGUAACCGUUUGUCGUGUAGCGAUUGCGUUUAGAUAUCACUAUGCGUUAUUAUAUUAAAAAUAACGAAGUCGAAAGAUCUGUGGUGAGGGGACCGUCUUCGAGGUGCGACUCGAAGAGCGAUCUUUCUCGUUUUCGACCACAACCGAACGCCGAAAUAAUAUUCCAAAUUUCAAAUGUUUGCAGUCGCAAACAUUCACAUCAAAUAAUAAUCGACGAAUGUUAUUAUCAUUUAUAAAUAUUAUAGUAUUUAUUACGGCAACGAUUCCUUGCGCGCUAGAGUAGCCAAUAUUUUCUCUCAUUCCGCGCUUGUGAAACUAAACAAAUCUUAAGUUUCUUACGUGUUGUACGUAAGAUUAUUCCGUAAAAAAAUGUUUGUAUACAAUAUUAU